AUGGGCUCAGAAGACGAAGAGCACGCUCCUCCACCAACCCGCAACUCCCUGGAGCGCGAGGUGACAACGAGCAGUUCUGAAGGCCCGAGAUUCGAACCAAUUCGAACGCGAAGAACAAGGGAGACGGACGACUACCGCUUCGACGACGAAGAACCAGCAAACCAAGAUGAGCUUGUGAGGAUCGCAACCAUUCUGUCCGGGGUUCGGACUCGCACCAUUACAAGCGAUGGCCUACAAAGACAGGACACUGUCGCAGGCAUGGGCAUUGAGUCCCCCGAAUUCGAUCCGAACAAUCCCGCGUUCAACUUUUACCUCUGGAUCCGCAAGUUUCUACAACUUCUGGAGCAACAGAACAUCAAAUUGCGGAGGUCUGGCUUCACUUUCAAGAACCUCAGUGUUUUUGGAAAGGGAUCCGCUCUGGUCCUCCAGCAAACCGUGGGCUCCAUCUUUAUGCAACCAUUCCGCAUUCGCGAGCUUUUCCAGCAUCCUGCCGAGAAGCAGAUAUUACGCAAUUUCAACGGGAAUGUUAACAGUGGAGAGCUGCUGAUUGUCCUGGGUCGGCCUGGAAGUGGUUGUUCUACGUUCCUCAAAACCAUUUGCGGCGAGCUCCAAGGUCUACAGCUCUCGGACGAUUCCAAAAUCACUUAUAGUGGAAUAUCUCGGGAACUUUUCAUCAAAGAGUUCAAGGGCGAGGCAAUAUACAACCAAGAGAAUGAAAAGCAUUUCCCUCAUUUGACUGUAGGCGAGACGCUCAACUUUGCAGCCGCCUGCCGCACUCCAUCCAACAGAGUUCUUGACUUUCCCAGAGCAGAAUGGGCCAAUUACAUGGCAUCUGUCAUGAUGAACAUCUUCGGCUUGUCACACACGCGUAACACCAAAGUUGGAGACGAUUUCGUGCGUGGUGUCAGCGGCGGAGAGCGAAAGCGUGUCAGCAUCGCCGAGAUGGCUCUGGCAGGUUCGCCUAUUGCGGCGUGGGAUAAUUCUACCCGUGGGCUUGACUCGCAAACUGCCCUCGAAUUCGUUCGCUCGCUUCGAAUCGCUGCAGACUACGUGGGUCUCACUUCCCUCAUCGCUAUUUACCAGGCUUCGCAGGCCAUCUAUGACCUGUGCGACAAGGCAAUCGUCCUCUACGAAGGGAGACAGAUUUACUUCGGUCCUUGCGACGAAGCUCGGGCAUAUUUCGAAGAAAUGGGCUGGCAUUGUCCGCCUCGACAGACCACAGGCGACUUUUUGACGUCCGUUACGAACCCAAACGAGAGACGACCCAGAGAAGGGUUCGAAAAUAAGGUUCCCCGUACGGCUACGGAAUUUGAAAAGUACUGGCUCGAGAGCGCUCAGUACAAGGCAUCUCAAGAGGAAGCCGAACACGCAGAAAUUGAGGCCAACGGAGAAGAAGCUCUCCAGACAUUCAGAGAGUCGCAUCAGCAGAUGCAAUCCGAUCAUGUGCGCCCCAAAUCGCCAUAUGUGAUCAGCAUACCAAUGCAAGUUCGCCUUUGCGUGACUCGAGCAUACCAGAGACUCUGGAACGACAAGGCAUCAACUAUUGCCGUCAUCUUCAGUCAAAUCGCACAAGCACUAAUCAUAGGGUCUAUCUUCUUUGGCACUCCACUCUCUACAGGCAGCUUCUUCGCCAAAGGCUCUGUUCUCUUCUUUGCUGUCUUGCUCAGUGCUCUGCAGUCUAUUGUUGAGAUCAACACCUUGUACAGCCAAAGGCCCAUUGUCGCCAAACACAAGUCAUAUGCCUUCUACCACCCGUUCACGGAGGCUGUUGCAGGUAUUGUGGCCGAUUUACCCAUUAAAUUCUGCACAACUACCGUGUUCAACAUCAUACUGUAUUUCCUGGCGGGGUUGAGGUACGAGGCUUCAAACUUCUUCAUCUUCUUCCUCUUCAACUUCAUGGCCAUGUUGACCAUGUCUGCCAUCUUUCGAACCACGGCAGCGGUAACGAAAACAAUUUCAGCCGCUUUGGCCAUUGCUGGUGUCAUGGUUCUCUGGAUCGUCAUUUACACUGGCUUUACCAUGCAACGUUCCUUUAUGCAUCCGUGGUUCAAAUGGAGCUCCUGGAUCAACCCAAUUGCCUAUGCCUUCGAAGCACUCCUUGUCAAUGAAGUUCACGGGCGGAAGUUUCCAUGUGCCCCUACCAGCUUAGUUCCACCGUACGGCACUAACGACCAUUUUCAAUGCGCUGUCGCUGGCGCCGUAGCAGGUCAAACCACGGUUUCGGGAGAUGCAUGGGUCAAGUCGUCCUAUGGCUAUUCAUAUAGUCACAUCUGGCGCAAUCUCGGCUUUCUCUUUGCCUUUAUGAUAUUCUUCUUCGCAAUCUACUUUAUCGCUACCGAAAUCAAUUCCGACACAACCUCGACGGCGGAAUUCUUGGUCUUCAGAAGAGGGCAUGUCCCAUCAUACUUGCUAGGCGGUAAGCAUGACGAGGAGCGAAUACAAGCUGAUGAAAAGGGAGUCGGGUCGGUCAACCCGGUCCACGAGCAGCAAGCAGACGAAGUCAAAGCUUUACCUGCACAGAAAGAUAUCUUCACCUGGCGGAAUGUGACUCUUGACAUCAAGAUUAAGGGCGAGCCUCGAAGACUACUUGACGGCGUCUCGGGAUGGGUCAAACCAGGCACCUUGACUGCUCUCAUGGGGACUUCAGGAGCCGGUAAGACCACUUUGUUGGAUGCCCUGGCGCAAAGAAUCAAGAUUGGCGUAUUGACAGGUGAUAUGCGCAAGACAGGCUAUGUGCAGCAACAAGACCUCCACCUUGAGACCACCACUGUCCGAGAAGCUCUUCGAUUUUCGGCAUAUCUUCGACAACCGAAAUCGGUCACAAAGAAAGAGAAGGACGACUUUGUCGAAGAAGUUAUCAAAAUGCUCAACAUGCAAGAUUUUGCAGAGGCUAUCGUCGGGAACCCAGGAGAAGGUCUCAAUGUUGAACAACGGAAGCUCCUGACGAUCGGCGUUGAACUUGCAGCAAAACCAGCACUCCUCAUUUUCCUCGAUGAACCCACCUCAGGGCUGGAUUCCCAGAGUUCGUGGUCGAUUGUGGCCUUCCUGCGCAAGCUCGCCGACUCUGGACAAGCAAUUCUUUGUACUAUUCAUCAACCAUCAGCUAUCUUGUUCCAAGAGUUCGACCGACUGCUCUUCCUGAUGAAGGGGGGCAAGACAAUCUAUUUCGGCGACAUUGGCCACAAUUCCACAACUUUAUUGGAUUACUUUGAGAGGAACGGUGCUCCCAAGUGUGAUGACGAUGCGAACCCUGCCGAAUAUAUGCUCGAUAUCUGCGGGAAGAAGUCUGAUCGGGACUGGAGCGAAGUGUGGAAGACAACGCCUGAAGCUCAAGAGGUGCAGGCAGAGCUGGAUCGAAUCCAACAGGCCCAGCAUCCUGCACCUACAGGAGAUGCAUCAUCGACGUCCGAAUUUGCUAUGCCGCUUACCGCUCAGAUCUACCAUGUCACUCACCGCGUGUUUCAGCAAUAUUGGAGAACGCCAUCUUAUAUCAGCGGCAAGUUUCUUUUGGGGAUCAUGUCUGCACUGUUCAUUGGCUUCUCGUUCUACAAGCAAAACACUACCUCGACGGGUCUACAGAACACCAUCUUCGCCAUUUUCAUGCUUGUCACAAUCUUUUCGUCGCUCGUGCAACAAAUCAUGCCUCGAUUCGUCAUUCAAAGAUCUCUUUAUGAAGUCCGAGAACGUCCAUCCAAGGCAUAUUCGUGGAUUGCCUUCAUGGUCGCCAACAUUGUCGUCGAGAUUCCGUACCAAAUAGUCCUGGCCAUCGUCAUGUGGGUGUCGUGGUACUUUGCGGUCUUUGGCAAGAACCAGGACAACGAAACGCGAGGGCUGAUGCUGCUUUUCGUGAUCCAAUUCAUGGUCUUUACAAGCACGUUUGCCCACAUGAUCAUUGCCGCCAUGCCCGACGCGGAGACGGCGGGGAAUAUUGCCACGCUACUGUUCAGUAUGAUGCUCACUUUUAACGGUGUCUUACAGAGCCCGACGGCGUUGCCGGGCUUUUGGAUCUUUAUGUAUCGAGUAUCACCCAUGACCUACCUCAUCUCCGGUUGGGCAGGAACCGGUCUCCGAGGUCGCCUUGUCCACUGCGCGCAGAACGAGCUGGCCAAGUUCGACCCGCCGUCCGGUCAAACCUGCGCGCAGUACCUGGCCGCGUACUUUGACCGCGGGGCUCCUGGACAAUUGUACAAUCCCGACGCGACGAGUCAAUGCCAAUACUGCCCGCUCACGUCGGCGGACCAGUUCUUAGCCGGCAGCAAGAUCUACCCCAGCGACAGAUGGCGGAACUUUGGCAUUGGGUUUUCCUACAUAGUCUUCAACAUCUUCGCCUGUAUCUGUCUGUACUACCUCUUCCGCGUGAGACGGUUCAGCAUCGUCAGCCUCGCCAAGGGCCCUGCGCGGAUCGUCGAUCUCAUCGUCAACAAGGGCCUAAGGAGGCUGUUUGCGAGACACGCAGAGCCCACACCGCAGGGAAAAGAGGCCGAACAUCACCAGGCAUUCUAG